UUUCGUGUCGAAAGCACGUACGUAUACAAGUUUGCCUGCCUGCCUCUCUGUGCUGUGUCUUGGAUAUACACAACAUUGAUAUACGUUACGUACCCAGAGCGAUAAGCGGCGGAACAACCGCUACUAUUGUGACUUGUGUCUGACGCUUGGUAAAAUAUGAAACUGUGAUUGUGAUCUGUGCUGUGAUAGUUCGAACUAGUGGUCAGAUAUGUUGGUGAUUCUAGUCAAAUUUUAAGAUAACAUGUUGGAACACAGUGCUAUGUAUCUCAACGUGACACCGCCAUACGAAGAGGAUACUUCCUUCUUUCCUGACUUUUAUACUACACGGCUUGGCCCGUGCGAUCUGCAAGACCCGGUUUGGGGUAAGAUGAGCGCCUUGACAGCAGGUGUCAAUAAGAAAAGGAAAAAAUCGGAGACAAAACCUCAAGCGCAAAUAAAUAAGUGCAAUAAUGAGAAGCGUCGCCGAGAACAAGAAAACAUCUACAUAGAGGAAUUGGCUGAGCUGAUUUCGGCAAAUUUCGGGGACAUGAGCUCGUUGUCGGUGAAGCCGGAUAAGUGCGCCAUUCUUCAAGAAGCUGUCAACCAAAUUAGAAGUAUAAAGCAGCAGGAGAGUGCUACCCAAUCUUCGGAUCCCGUCCAACAAGGAGAGGUUUCGUCUUCCAGGCCGACGAUACUCUCCAACGACGUUUACGGUCCUUUACUACUGGAGGCUUUGGAAGGGUUCCUGUUUGUCAUUAAUAGUGAAGGCAAGGUUGAACAUGUAACCGAGAACGUCUCCAAUUACAUAAAAUUUACAAAAGACGACGUAUUGGGCAGCAGCAUUUAUAAUUUCAUUCAUCAUGGGGACCACGCUAAAUUCCAUUCGAGCCUUCUGCCCAUGACCAUUGAAUGGGGCAAUGAACAGCAAGUAAACAGCAAAUCAAAAUCUAUAGAUAUAAGGCUUCUGGUGAAGCCUCCCGAUGACCUAGAUAAAACCAUAGAGGAAAAGCAACAAAGAGUCAGUAGUUACGAGUUGAUGCAUAUAUCUAGUACCCAAUUAAAAGAUCACUUAUCGGUAUCAGAAGAGGACGGAAGUGAUAGUGGUCCGUGUUUGUUGUGUGUCGCGUCUAGGAUUUCUCAUAGGGACAAGGCUACUUGCAGUAUAGAACAGUUUACUACGAAAUUGGACAUUACGGGAAAGGUUAUUUGUGUAGAUACUUCGGGUUUAACGGAUACUUUGGCGCAGUACAUCAAAAAGGAACUAAAAAAUAGACCGUUGCGGGAAUUGGUGCCGCAACAAGAGGUGCACAAAGUUACGGCACAUCUUAGAGAAACUCUCAGUUUAGGACAGUCUUCUAGUCCAAUCUAUAGGUUACAAAUCGGAGCGGAUAGGUUGAUACAAGUUCAAACUAAGUCAAAAUUAUUUAAAACCAAUCCGCACGCUAACAACGAUUCGGAUUUUAUUAUGGCAACACACUCUGUGAUUGGCGAAAACGAUCUUGUCGGAACAGAAUCGGUCAGUGGUACCAGCAAUUCCUCAAGCACGGGCGUAGGAGGACCCUUGAUGCCUAGUGUAGUCAACGGAAACCGCAAUGGUCCACCCAUUAGUUCAGGUAGCGAAAAUUCUAACAACACUCUUCUAAAUUCAAGCUCCACUUAUCAAACCUUUCAUCUUGACAACGAAUUCAACUUUGAUAUAUUCCCUUCAUCCACUUGGGAACUGGAAUCUACUAAUUGGCCUGAAGGCAGGCCAGAUUCGCGUACAAGUGUGACUCCUACACCUCGUCCGCCCAGCAAUCCCUCCUACAGCAAUGCUCCCACUGUGGUGCAGUCUUCCCCUUUUUCCUCCCAACCCAGCCCAACUGUUCCGAAUCCCCCUACUCCUGUGGCUACCAAUCCCUACAACACGGGAACAGGAAAUUUCUUUAAUUCUAUGAACGACCAAGGAUUUUCUAUGGAUGAGCAGAAAGAUACCAAAGCCAACGUUUUGGAAGAAUCGGCUAUGAUGGCUGAACCUAAUAAGUUACGAAAAUUGCUUACCAAACCUCAAAAUAACAAUAACGAGAACGAUGAUAAAAAUAAAGAUCGGAUAUUAAAAGAAUUGCUGAACCAGCAAGACGAAGAGAGUAUACGAAACGAUAACCGGGGCAGUCCAAGAGGAAUGAUGAAUAGAGCGUCCAUACCUGGGCCUUCUGAACAGCCAAAGACUUCGAGCUCAUCAACUGGAAACGACAUGUUAAGAAAGUUACUCAACGAUAAAAACGACGAUGACGAUCUAGAAAGAGCUGGCAUGAAAAAUAAAAGCGAGUUACUUCAACAACUGUUGAAACCAGAAAGAGAUGCUGACGACGACAAGAAGAAGGAAACACAAUGUAAUGAUGAUACGUUGAUGAGAAGCUUGGGAUUUCCUUCAUCUCCUACAGAUAGAAGUAGAAAACGAUCCAUCGACGAUAAAGAUAAUAUUCCCGCUAAACGGACUUCAGAUGGUUCUCAGGUAUCUUCUUCAGGAACAUCAACGGGUACUUCCUUGAGAGAGAAAAAUAAAAUGUUGGCUUCUCUCUUAGACAAAAACUUUUCAAACCACCAGCCAAUACCACCAAUUCCUGCCAGCGUGAUCUCUGCCACUCCUCAAGAAAAACUGCCGAGGAUCUCAGACCCCAACAAAUCUAUACAAAUGGUUAUGGGCCAAAACACAAUGAACAAUUCUAGAAUGGGCGUUAACAGGCUGCCUGGACGUCAAACCACAAACUACCUCAGUAACGUUCUGUCCAGUAAUAAUAAUGUACAACGCAAUGAUAACCGCCAGAUGAGUCAGGUUAAUUCGAGCUGUUAUGCUUCACCUGCUACUUCUACCACGGACAAUUCCAUCUGGGAUACCAAUAUGCAACCUUCCAACGAUCCUUUGCUUUCUGAACUUCUUGAUCAGGUCAUAGAGUUUGUGCCAGAUGAAAUUAUGCAACUUCUGGAUGGUGGGGAUGGCCAACAAAGUAACAACUUCGCGUUGAGCGAAGCAGUGGCCAUUAACAACAUACAGAAAUCAUUGAUGCAAUGUGAGACUGUUGUCAAAAGUCCAGGUUCACUCAUUUCCUUAUCAGGAAAUCCUCCAGCUUAUUCAUCUGCUAACCUAUCAAGCCAAAACAAUGCUGUGUUUCCGCCUCCUCCAAAUUAUUCUCAGGCAAAAUUUACAAGAAUGCCGAUUCGUGGCGCUAAUGUAGGCAACCAGCAAUUUUCUGGAGUUAUUAAUGCUCCUAACCUUCUACAGAGAAAACAACUUUUGCUUCACCAACAAGAACAGAAGCGCCGUUUGUUAUUGCAACAAAAGCAACAACAUCUGUUAAUACCGUCCAAUGCUGCUGCCAAUGAGAUCUCUAAUAACAUUAACUCAAUUCAGAGCAUUGACAGUUUGUUGAAUAAUUCUGUGGCUCCCAAUGUAUCUUUGCAACGCUCAUCCAGCGUACCGUCAGAAUCCCAACUAUCUCCUCCAUAUGGACAGACAUCGAGAGUCGCCAACCAACAACCCUAUUCACCCCACUCUCAACAAAUGGCUUCGCCAGCCUUUCCACAAACUACCUCUGUGGGUAAUUACCAGAAUUCUGCAGCCAUGUCUCCACAGUCACAAUUCAAUUCGCAAUUGUCACCAAGACAGGCUUACCCACAAGCAAAUACACAGAAUGCCAACUGGCAACAAGCACAGUCCAGGAUGACUGUUCAGCAAAAUCCAAUGCUUGGUGCUCAGCUCACAAGACCACCUCAGCAAACACAGAGAUCUAUCAAUAGUCCAGGAUCAGUAAGUGCUAGGCAUUCACCAUAUCCAACUAACGACCAGUUUCCUCCACCUAAUUCGCCCAAUUCGGCAUUCAACAAUCAGUACCUGAGACUCCAACGGGCAAAUAGCGUUCCAACAGCUACUACACAAUUGCCUGGUGGGCCGUACACAGGCAGGGACCACCAUCCCCACCUUUAUUCCCCCGUUCCUCCCCAUCCACACCCUGUCCCCCAAAUGAUGAGUUACCACCAAGACUCCCAGUACUGUUACGAUCAGACGGGUAUACCAUUAGCCUACAAUGGCGCAGAUAGGGGCCGUGCUCCUCCCCCACACCUUCAGCCUGGUGUAUCGGGAAGUGCUCCAACCUCGGAAUUUGUUCGGCAAGAAUUGCGUGCUGUUGUUGGAGCCAGAACUGCUCAAGCUCAGCCUGCCGCAGGGACGACAGCGCCCCCUACAAGGCCACCAUCCCAGAUGCAGAUUUCACAGCAGCAACAAGUUAAUGAUCUCGAAACUUUAGGACUCAAUUUUGAAAUGGGUAGCGGUGCGAGUGAUAGCCCAAAACUGUGGGGUGCGAUGGGUUCAGAUAUGGGCUCAAUGUCUCCGCAACCAGUCAACUCGAGGAAUACUAUGGAGGAGGGCCGGCAAGGUGAUCAAAAGUCUUCACUUUUACAGAAACUUCUUUCGGAGUGACCACUUGUAAAUAUUAGAGAUAUACACUACUAGGUACCUCAUUGGUAAUCGUACCACAGGCUGUAAUCCAGACAGGUUAGCUGUAUCAAAAGUGCAUUACUUCGUUGCUUAUUCGUUACAUAUAUAUAAAAAAAUAUAUAUUUAAGAUAGGGUAGUGCGGAGCAACAGAACGGAAGGCGCAAGGGUGAGCGUGCAAUUGUAAAUAUUACAUAAAAGAUCAAUUUUGUGGGACAAUUGUUUAUAUUAUACAUAUAUAAUGAUAAGUAUAGUUUAUUACUGGACUUGUUUGAAAACUUGUACCUCAGUCGGAUCGCUUAGUUAGAUGUAGGAUUGUCAUACAGGCAACCAGUCAUUUUCAAUUAGAUUGGCAUUCGAACAUAAUCUCAUACUGUCACUGACAAUAUUGAAAGUAGACUUUUAAAAAAUUAUUUUACUAAUUAUAUUCUAAUGGAUAAUGAUUCAUCAUUUAGAAAACCGAUCGACAAACUAAAUUUUUACUGAUCCUAACAAUGCAGUUUAGUUAGAAUUUUGGGAAGCAUGUAAUUUGCCUUCAAGCGAUUUAUUUUUUUUUUCGAUGUAUUCGUAGAAAAGGAUUAACGGGAUCAAGAAGACAGACACGCGACAGGGAAGGCUGGAAGAAUGUUUUGAGGCAGGCAAGGCUCACGAAUAGUUGUAGCGCCAUCAUGAUGAUGAUUCGUAGGAAACAUCCAUACAGUCAAAUAUGUCCAGAUGAACUGUCGUUGCCCUGUCAUAAAAUUAUGUAUAUAUAUCUAAAAAUUAAGCAGUCGCUAGAAUAGAAAGUCUUAAAACUUAUAGACUAAAAAAAGAAUUUUAAUGUUGCAUUAAAUAUGUCAUUGUCACUUUUAAUUGUAUGUUUGGGUGUUAAAAUGACGGAUCAGGUGAAGUUAUUUAAGACGGUCAUUAUAUACAUUGAUCUUUGUUGUGCUUUAUUACAAAUAAAAGUCUAGAUGUAGCAUAUAUUGAGUUUAGACAGAGACAAUCUUCUAGAUCCAUGGAAAUUAAUGAAAAGUAGGAUACAGGAAAAUAUAGAAACAGAAAUACCUUUUACUAGGACUUGGAAUUUAAAUCGAGUGCGGAACCCACCAAAAUACUGCCGAUUAUUAAUGUGAGAUACAUUAAAACAAGUUAUUUUAUAUUUCUGUUUUUAAAAAUCCACGAGGAAAAUAAAAUUCCUGUAGCUGGCUGUAUACCAUAAAUCACAAAAAAUACAAGAUCCUUUGUAAAAGGUAUAUUUAAAAGACCCCAAUAAGGGUUACAUCACCAAACAAAACGUUUUUGGAUUAACAAGUAAUCCAUCAGCAGUGAUACUACAUAUUAUGAAUAAAAUCAAUGGAUGUUGAAAAUAUUCCUGGAUAUUACCCAGGGCAACACAUGACUCUAACCCACGUGGAUGUGAUAUGAGAGGGAUGAACCUCACAUAUUGAGAAUUGAGUGUCAACUGAACUAAAGGUGAAAGAACUUUAGAAAUAUGUCAGAGACAGACUGUCAAGCGAUGUUAUGAACUGUUUUGUUACUUCAGCUAACGAAUUUAAAGUUUUUGUUGAUGUUGAAAAUAAAACAUUGUCAAAUAUCCAUAUAUUGGUGUUAGAAAUAUUCGAACCUAAAUAGGUUGGAAUCUAAAUAGGUUCGAAUAUUUCUAACACCAAUAUAUUAUGGAUAUUUGUUAAUGUUUUAUUGAAUAUAUUAUAUUUAACACUGAUGAUGGAUUACUUGUUAAUCCGAAAACGUUUUGUUUUGUGAUGUAGCCCUUACUGGGGUCUUUUAAAUAUACCUUUUACAAAGGAUCCUGUAUUUUUUUUAUUUCUGUUUUUGUCUUUCUUCGAUGCAACUAAAACUAGAUUUGAUACUACCCAAAUAUUAAAACGACGGUUAAAAUGUUUUUACAUGAACUUCUUAACAAUGAAUUUCGAAUGCCUACUAUAUUAAAAUAACUGGUUGGACCGUGAGAAUUUUACUUUUUAAGAAUUAAUUAGGUACUGUUAAAUUGUUAAUGUUAAUUUUAAUUCUAUGUUUCUCUUUAAUUAGUUUGUUAAUACUUCAAUAAGAAACAUUACAAAAACAUAGUGAGACUAAUCUAUAUGGAGAGAUUUGUAGAAAGGUACAGAACCUGCGAGUAUAUAUUUUAACAUAUUUUAAAUUUGCAGCAAGCAUAUCAUUUUUUAAUCUAGCUAGUGCCAAAUAAAUUCAAUAGUUUUUUUCUGCCUUUUUAAAAUCAUUUUAUAACUUUUUUUAUUACAAAACAGUAGUUCAAAUGUAUUUUCGUUUCAUUUUAUAAAAGCCAUAUACUAUGUUAGUUUAGGUAUUGUGUUAUGCUAACUGUGAAUGAUACAAACAUUUUUAGGAUUUUUUAAAUGUACAUAAACCAAUUUUUUAUUGACUUUAAUCAAAUCAAAACACUCAGUUGUCCGAAGAAAGUUUAGAAGGUCUAGUAUUUUUUAUUUAUUGAUAAUAAAUAUAUUACAUUGGACUCUUCAUAUAUUUAACAUUAAUCAAUAGAAGUAGAGACCUUUAUCUCAGAAUUAAUUGAUUAUAAGAAAUCGUGAGUGACAUUGGACUAUAGAUGGAAGUGAUGAGCCAGUAAGUAGUAUACGAAUAUAAAUAUUUUCAAUAUCUGGCUUUGAAUGUUAAUUACAAAUAACUGCCAUACUUAAUACUUUUUUCAAUAUAACGGUUUUUAAAGAUAAUACAAAACCUAGACCUUUUAAACUCUUAAAUACCAUUUACAUAUUUUUAAUAAUACCAUUACAAUGACAUUUGUUUUAGAUUUUUACAGAGAUUACAUAUUAGUAGUUUUAGAUUACAUAUUAUGUUUUUUGUAUACAGUUCUGCUGUUAUUUCCCCAUAUUCCUCCUCAUUCAAAUUGCGCUUUGUUACUGUAAGUUACUGUAUACAACGAAUGUAAGUCUAUACUAUAUACAUUUUUAAACCAACUCCAACUACUUUAUAUUGAAUUGCGGUGACUUUAUUUUUGAUAUUUUCAUUGCCGAGGUAUAGGUAAUGGAUUGUGUACUAAAUCGGCAUAAUGCAUAGCUCUUGUCAAAAUCCAAUACCUUAAUAAUAUAACUAAAUAUUUUCGAUUCUAAAAUAUUGUAGAAGACUUGAAGGGUAAGAACAGAACAAGUGGGUCGCAGUGGAGGUGGAGGUCGCGGUCGAUGUCGAUAUCCAUGUAAAAUAAACACAUUGUGUUGAAUGGAAGAGAACAGAGCAGGUAAGUCGCGGUGGAGGUUUAGCGUGAUGCCAUCCAGGAGGUUUACAUCGAUGCUUUUGAAAAUAAAAUGAGUUUAAAAAAUAAAAUCAAUGGGAAAAUCCCAAUAGUUGGGAAACAUUAGUUUGUUUUACAUGGAUGUCCACUGCGCGGCCUACAAGGAUGCUUCCCUGUGAUUGGUUCGUUCGAAGCCAAGUUGUCAUUACCUGCGCUAUCAAAUCUGAGUUAAUACUUGUUAUAUAAUCCCUUUUUCGUAUUCAGUUUAUUUUUGAAUUUCUAAAGUACUUAAAUUCAGUAAAUUUUUGAAAUAUUAAGGAGAAUCUGAUUAUUUACAGCUGACAUUUCAUCACUAUCAUCACUUGACUGACACAACAUCGCAAAAGCACAGUCUUUUUGUCAUUCAAAUUUCAUUAAACUACUUCACUUGAUAGUGGUUCUAGCUCGACUGACAGCGCAGGUGACCUUGCUAUAUGCUGUCGACAUCGACUUAAGGGGUCAUAUACGUUUCUCGAGCUUAAAAAGUAGUCUAAAUGUAAUGAUAAAUUGUACGAAAACUAUUGGGCUAAUUGAUUUCAUUUUUUUUUUAAUGUUAAAGGUGGAGCAUAUAACAUAUGUUAAAAGUUAAAAAAUAAUUAAAAACAUGGCGGCUGCGUCCAGUGGCGUAGAACGUGUUUUUUGUUCAGGUCAAACGGUGGGCAUCAUAACCGCUUAACCGUUCGUCCGAUUAACUUCAUUUUUGACAUACAUAUUCUAAAUUAGAUUCACUAUCGUGUGACGAGAGCUUUUUCGAUUAAAUUUAACCAUUUUCGAAUAGCAAUAAAAAAAAGACAAUUUUUUUGGUGAAAAUUACGACUUUUUUUUUAAAUUUCGACCAUUUCCGUAAGUUUUUUUUCUUCUUAAAUUCCUCUCGUCACACGAGAACUAUGACUCUAAAAAAUGAAAAAAAUUAAACAAUUUUUGUUUCAGAUAAAUAUUACGAGCUGAAUCAUGCCCACCGUUUGACCUGAAAAAAAAAACACCUACGCCACUAGAGGCAGCCGCCAUGUUUUUAAUUAUUUUUAACUUUUAACACAUGUUUUAUGUUCCUUAAGAGUCCACCUUUAAAAUAAAAAAAAAUAAAAUCAAUUAGUCCAAUAGUUUUCGUACAAUUUAUCAUUACAUUUAGACUACUAUUUAAGCUCGAAAAACGUAUAUGACCCCUUAACUAGUAGCAUCCACCGCGACCCACUUGUUCUGUUCUUACCCUAAAGAGUCGGAGUAAGAAAUAACAGUCGGAGAGAUUUAUUGUCCAUGUCUCUCCUUACAACUUUUAUUGUCCAUACCUCUCUACGUUAAGGUACUACAUACCUACAACUUUUAUUGUCUAUGUCUUUCUACGUUACGCCAUUUAGGCACUACAUACCUACAACCUUUAUUGUCCAUGUCUUUCUUUACUCCAUGCCUCUCUACGUUAAGCCGCUUAGGCACUAGUAUAGUAGUUUAGGUAAAUAGAUUUCUUCGACGUAAUGUCUGUGUCAAGGCAAAUUGGACUAAAAAUGGCGAAUUGGAUUAAAAAUGGCGCCAUCUAGCAGAUAAUAGCUGAACUAUGACGGUAGAUUCCUUCGCUGUGGCGUCAGCAUCUAUCUCACUCUUACUAAAAAGGCACCUCUCUCUCUCUCUCUCUCUAACACAUUGAUUUCCCUAUCUUGAUAGUGAGGCCUGCUUUGGUUAUCUGCGCAAAUCUAUAUACGCUUUCACUAAUUGAGACGUGAAAACAAUCAAAAAACGUAUCUUCAAUCAGUUCAUAUCUGAGCUCAUUAUUGGGGAUCCAGUACAGUUUUCCGAUUUUUUUAUAACAUGUCUGCUGAUUUUGAAAUUCUUGCUUGUAAAAUUCGUGCCAUUAUAUCAAAGCAAGAUAGCAAAUUCAUAAAAGCAAUUGAUUCGUAGGGAGAGAAUAUUUUCAAGCAAUUGCACUUCGUAAGUCCUAGGUGUUCACCCAACGUGACCGCACUUAAAACCGGAAGUCGAUAUUUGAACUCUUCGUGUAACUUUGCCUCGAUUUAUAUACAAUUUGACUAAUUUUUGAGUUAUUUUUGCCAAACUUUCGAUUACGUAUAUCUUUUUAAUCAGAAAUUACAUCAUAUUCGAACUCGACUUUUCAAUACGCGUCGAUUGAUAUAACAUUACGUCAUAACUUUUAUUCGGAAGUGAUAUCAUAACCAAAACUUUUUCCAAUGCUCUACUCUUAUAUCAUAUUAUAUCUUAUGUCUACUCUUAUAUCACCUGUGCUGUUUCUGCAACUAUAAUGUUGCACUUCUGGUACAACUUUUUAACCGGAAAUGACAUAAAAACCGAAUGUAUGUAGGAUUCGUUAAAGACAAUCGUAAUAAAAGUCCGUAUGAGUCGUAACAGUUUUAAUUAAUAAAAUAGACAAUUAAAUUAUAGAUACUAUUAAGUUGACGAAAUGUAAAAGUGUUUGUGUAAUUGCGACCAAAAUUUUACGUGUUCUGACAAAAAGAAAUGUAUUUGGAAAUAAUUGCGUCUAAUGAAUAUUAUAACCGGCUUGUCAUAAUACCCGUCUUAAAGCGUCUUUUUCGAUUAUCCCAAACACGUCCGUCGAGGUCCUGAUGUUAAAAUCGACUAACUAUUCAUUCCCACACUAACCAAAACCGUUUCCUUUAUUCCCCUCUUCAUGCUUAAAUCCGAAACUAUUAAAAUUCUACUGCAAUAAACUUACUUAUGUCUUAAAGAUUCAAAGUUAAAAAUAGUUCUCACCGGCUACCGUAGUAAUCCCAAUCCGUUCCACCCAUCUGGGCCGACGUAGGUCCAUAUGUGUGAGAUUCUUAUUCCGUGCUCGUAAUAAUAAUUAAGAAAAAUUAUAUACAGGAGAAUUUAAAAUAUUACUUACUUUUUUUUUACUUAGUCCUAAGCCUUUCUACCUUUAGGUGUAAGGCUGGUGGAGUUGAGAGUUUGACAUUGUAGUCUCCAUGCUUUCCGAUAUUGCGUUAGGUUUCUUGCACUUCGUAAUGUCGAUCCCUUCUUCUCGACUUCUUUCCUGAUUUCAUCUACCCACAUAACUCUUGGUCUUACUCUUUUGUUUUUCCCCUGCACUCUCGUUUCGAACACUCGUUUUGUUAGCCUCUCGUUCGACAUUCUACACACGUGCCCGAACCAUCUAAGUUGUCCCUCCACUCUUUUUUCAUUGAUUGGUUUUAGUUUUAGGUUUUGUCUAAUUGUUUCGUUUCGUAUUUUGUCUGUCCUCUUUCUGUUUGCUAUUUUCCUCAGGAACCUCAUUGCCAUAGCAUUGACUCUGGAUUUUUGUCUCCCCGUCAAUGUGCAUGUCUCGCUGUCCUAUUUUAUAUGUCUUAUAUUUUAAAUGUCCCAUUUAAAAUAUAAGAUACAAUAUUUACAAUUCUACAUGUAAAUUAUAAUUGUUAUCGUGUUGCUAAGGCGCGUCAAAUAAUAUCUCGCUUGUACUAUUUCGACGACUUUAAAACAGUACUUCCAGUUGAAACUCUGGGACCGGAAUUCCGAGGUCAAUUUCUCACUUUAGUAUCAUCUUUUGGUUAUAAGCUCUCAUUCGUCGCCUCAUUUGUCAUUCUAUCUCUUCUAAUAACGGAAGAGUUGUGUCUACGCACAGACGGGCAGACGUGGAUAAUUUAAGGUUUUCAUUUUCUUCUUUUUCCUCUUUAUAAGCAAUUCUGCUUGUUCAUUGGCGGAUCUAUGGAAGGUUGUCACUCCAUCUUUUGCGCGGUCGACCGAUACUUCUACCGAUUGGUGAUUUAUCUCUUGCUAUUUUUACCACACGUGUCCCCCAUUCUGCUUAUGUGGUUAUUAAAUUCUUUUUUUUUUUUUGAAGUUAUACUUUACGAUCGAGAGUGAAAUUUUAUAAUGCCGGGCGCAUGCGCACACAGACAGUAUGUAUUUCGUUGCUAAUCUUUCUAUGUAUCAGCGCAAAUAAGUCAUAUUAUAUCAUAUAAAAGGAUAUAUUAGUGUUCUUAGUAAAUAUAUUAUUUAUUAUAAUUUUUGUGUCUUCGGAUUUGUCUUCCUCGGGAAUAAGAUAUUUUAUAAUAAUAGUUAGUAUAUUUAAAGUAUUUUUGUAUACCACUUGGUCUUUUAAAUUUGUCAGUAUGUAUGAGAAAUCUUGUAACCUGUCAAAGCAAAAGGUAUAUAGUUCAAUGGUAGAGCGUGUGACCGGAGAUCAAGAGGUCCCGGGUUCAAAUCCCGGACGAUUCAUAUUCUUUUUUUUUAUAUUUUUGGUAUCGUUUUAAUAUUUUUUUUAAAGUGGUAGGUAAAGAAAGUUAGUUUCAUAUUUAAAUAAAAUACAAAUAACAUGUUAAGUAUAUUAAUUUCGUUGAAAUCAUAAUAAUAGAAGUUUAACUUCUUACGUGCGUACAAAGUACACACACAUUCUUUUUUUUUUCUAUUUAGCGUCCUUUCGUUUAUACACUGUACUUUACAUUUUCUGGACUCCUUUUUCGAUCUCUCAGCGUAUUUCCUGUAAUUCUUCUCAGUAGGUACUCUCAUCUCUGCCGAUUCUUAUAGUCUUUGUGUUGUGGCUGUAUCGAGUCUUGUUUCUGAUGCAUAUAUGGACGGGAUUCUGCAGAAAGGAUCCAAACCACACUUUGUUAAAACUGAGAUAUUAGCCAAAAACUUUACGAUAAAAUUUAAAAUUCUCUAUUAAAAAUAAUCAUGGUUUAACAUUAAAAUCGUGACUAUAUGCAUUAGAUUUGAUUUCACACAUACUGUUUGAUCCAAGAAAACAGUUGUGGUUUUAAAAAAAAUCCACUUUUGUUGCUUGGUUCUCUUUUGCAAAAUAACCUAAGUGAAUUCAAAGUUCACAAACAUUUAUUUUCCAUUAUUGAGUUACAUAAUCUGGCGUAUAAUAUAAAAAAAUGUUAAUAUGAAAUUACUGGGAUUUAAUAAUUUGUUUGAUUUCAAAAUCUGGACGUCCCGUGAAUUCAAGAAAACAGUUGUUUAAAAAAAUCCACUUUUGUGGCUUGGCUCCCUUCUGCAAAACAACUUGUGAAUUCAAAGUUAACAGACAUUUAUUUUCCAUAAUUGAGUUACAUAAUCAGGCUAUAAUCUAAGAAAAUGUUAAUAUGAAAUUACUGGGAUUUAAUAAUUUGUUCUGGAAGUGCCGUGAAUUCAAGAAAACAGUUGUUUUAAAAAAAAAAGUACUUUUGUAGCUUGGUUCCCUUCUGCAAAAUAACGUGAAUUUGCAUAAAGGAACCAACCCACAUGGAUCUUUUCUGCAGAACGCUGUCAUGCUGCAACGAUAUUGUUGGUUGGUUCUUUCGCUCAUAGAGGACAGUAUAUAUCAUAUGUGGCUUGGUUAUUUUCUGCACAAGUAUCUACGGGGUAUUUUACAACCUACGAGACUGUUAAUAGGAAAAAUACAUAUUUGUGGUUUGCUUCCUUUCUGCAGAAUCCCGUCCAUGUCAUUAUUGGUCUUACACUGGCUUUAUAAAUUCUUGACUUCAUCUCAGUGUUAAUAUGUCGGUUUCGCCAUAUAGUAUUAUUGAGACAUCCUGCCAAUCUAUUUGCUCUUUGUACUUGAAUUUCUCACUUCUUUGUCCAGGUCUCUGUAGCUUGACAAUGUAAUUCCAAGUUAUGCUACUUCCAUUACUUGUUCAAUACUGACACCAUCAAUUUCUGUUUUACAUCUGAUUGGUUCUUUACUGAUUGUUUUAGUUUUCUGAGAUGAAAUUGUCAUAUUGAAUUCUUUUGCUCUUAUGUAGAACCUGUGGAGUAAUUUUUGCAGACUAUCUUCAUCUUGGGCUAUCAAUAUUUGCUCGAGUAUUUUUACCUCUUUGUUUCCCAUUCUGUAUCAUCUUCCUUUGUUGACAUUUUUGACGAUUUCAUCCAUGAUUAAAUUAAAGAGCAUAUGACUCGAUGAGUCUCCCUGUAGUAAGUUGUCCAUUUAUUCUGACUUCCAUUUUGUUGUUUUAGUAGAUGUUUUCACAUUUUAAAUUGUAAAAUGGGCGAAAGCAAAAUAGGAAAAGAAAAAAAAUUAUAGGAGAAAAUAGAUACAAAAAGGAAAUAUUGAUUGCAUAAAAGACGAUGUUUCCUACAAAUUGAAUAUCUCAAAAUUAUAUCCAUCAAUUAUAGCAGCAGAUUUUUUUUUGUAAUGUGGUAUUAUUAAAAAGUGAAUGUUAACAGUUUUAGAUAUUAUUUAAAUAAUUUAUAUUGCUGUACAAGGUGACACUCAACAUACAAUUUUAUCUUCAUAUUCACGGAGUCAAAAAUAAUUUUUAGUCAAAAUAAACUUUAUAUAAUUUUUGGUACAGGCUAAUUGGCUCUGCCAAAGCCAUUUUUCAGAAAAAAAAUUUUAUAUUCAAGGAAAUUAGCUCUGAUGAUUUUAUUUUGACCUUUUAAAGAAAACAACUUAUUUUUGAUCUUCACUCAAUAACAAUUUUAACUCUAUACCACAUUUUUGUUGUGAAAAUACAUUUAAAUUUUCAGAAAUCUGAAUAUUUUAGGAUAUUCGACUGAGGUAUAGCAACAAAAAUUGUUAUUUUAAAAAUAUGUUUAUAUGUUUAGUGUUGUCUUCCUUUUAGUGAGUGUUCAAGCUACGCAUUACCAAAAAAGUAUAAAUUAGUAACUGUUAAUAUUUUAUACAUAAUUUAAAGUAUGUUAUUUGGAAAGCCCGUUUUGUUGGACAUUGUGAUAGGCGUUGGCCAUGUUACUGUUGCUAGGAUUCGCUCCUAGGCCCUGUAUAUGUAGACAUAGAAUUCAUACUUGAUUAUAUUGUCAAUUACACCCUAGCCACAGAAAAAUUGAAAAAAAAAAAUGAACAAAUUGACAGACAAAACAUUAUUUAAUUACACAGAUAUUUUUUGUACAUUAUUGGAGUUUUGAAAUAUAUCUAUAUUAUAAAUAAAAAUAUAAUUUCUG